AUGACUUCGCGCGCCCUAAGCCCUACCACAUCUACCAAGUCAGGUUCUCACGUGCCUGUUACCGCAUCACAUCCGCGAUUGCUGCAAACAAACCCCCACCGCCUCCGCCUCGUAGCCAUUCAACCGGCCCUACUCCUCCGACUCCACAAAUUGCCUACCACCGCCGCCUUGGUCGGCACCCCCCUUCACCCCCCAGCACUUCUCGCACGACACCACCGCCGCCUCGCCCUUUUCUUCCGCUGGGCGCUGAAGCGCCGGAAGCGUCUCUGUCACACAUACGACGCGCCAGUCUCUACCCUCGUUCUCCAUGGCACGUGUACCGCCGCCCACGCCGCGCUCAACACCUAG